UGCAGUUGUGGUGUUUGAGACGCGGAGCCAGGAGUCGAAGGUUUCUCUGUCGUGCUAUACGAAUCCUGCUCUGGCCCGAAAGUUGUGGACGACUUGAGCGCAGAAGAGACAACCUUAUAUACAGUGCUGCCUUCCUCUCUUGUCAUCGAGCACGGUAACACUGAUAUAGACAUCUUGUCACAAGUGGACGGGAGGCAGAUGCAGUCGGCCGCUCAACGCAUGACUACCCGACGACGGUGCGAUGACAGCGUGCGUCAAAACGAAAGUAUACUUGCAAGUCUCGAGCAAGUACCUCGAGGUCUGGGGAAUCCAGCAAAGCGACCAGGCCAUGCCGGCCACGAAUAUGGGGGUCCCGUCACAGCCAGACCCAUCCCGUCAUUGGGGUUGCAUGGCAGCAAAAAAACGCACACGCACACAUUCUGCCCAACUUGUCAUGGACCCCCCUUUUUCGGCCAAAAUCAACUGUCUGUGUGCCACGUCGACUACAGUUCCCCCAGACGGUUUCCAUAUUCAACCACGAACGCCGCCAUCAGUCCCCUGCAUCUGCCUGGCAUCCAUGCCUGCCCAUGCCGGCGAUGCAGUCGACAGACAGACAGACACACACACACGCAUACAUACAUCAUGCAGGCGCAGGCUACUCGGGCCUUGGGAAACUCCUGGCCGAGGAUCGCGAGGUAUCAGAUCAGGGCACGAUCUUGCAAGGUACACGCCAAGUUGACCAGAAAAGCGGCCCGCGAGCCCAACCGGCCUCGCGAUUGGGCCAUCACCCCAAAAUCCGACCUUCUCUUCAGCAGCGCGAACAAAGGCAAAACACCGGUUCGCGUCUAACUAUGCUCGCGCCUUCGCAGUCGUCAUGGUGGAUACACAAAGACCACCUUGACCAGGCCGUUGUUUUCACUCGGCCGCGCCUUGCGCGUUGACAAUCGCCCGCAAAGCACAACCACACGCACCCCAGGCCAAUCACGGAAAGCCAUGGACCAGCAAAGGGCAGCGCGGAAUCAGGGGCCAUG